AUGGAGAGAGAAAGGGAAACUGUCGUAGAACAAAAGAUACAAGAAGAAAUAACUAGAAAGAAAGAAAACUUGGACCAAAUUGUCAGACAGCAUUAUAAUCAAAGAGCAUAUGUGUCCAAGCAUUCAAGAAGACACCUUUCUCCUAUUAUUAAAUUAAGAAAUUUCAACAAUGCCAUUAAGUACAUGCUUAUUGGAAACUUCUCGCAACCAGGCUGGAGAGCGUUGGACUUAGGGUGUGGUAAAGGUGGUGAUAUCAAUAAGUGGAGUAUGGCAAACAUCUCUGAAUAUAUUGGUAUAGAUAUCUCGAAUGCUUCGAUCGUGGAAGCCAUCAAACGUUACAAUAAUCUUCAGGCUGGAUUUGAGACAACUUUUAUUACAGGUGAUUGUUUUGGUCAACCAUUACCAUUCAUCCUAAAAGACUUUCCUCACAUUCAUUUACCAGUUGAUAUAGUGUCUAUGCAAUUUUGUAUGCACUACGCCUUUGAAACUGAAAUCAAAGCCAGAACCUUAUUGGAAAACGUUUCCCGUUCAUUGAGAGCUGGUGGUUAUUUCAUUGGUACCAUUCCUAGUUCAGAUUUCAUCACAGAAAAAGUUGCUAAAUUACCACCAGGUGAGAAGAAAUUUGGUAAUUCUAUUUACUCAGUAACAUUUGAAAAUGAUCCUCCACGCGACGGAAAUUUCCGUCCAGCAUUUGGUAACAUGUAUACAUACUUUUUGAGAGAUGCUAUUGAUAAUGUUCCAGAAUAUGUGGUCCCAUUUGAAGCUUUGAGAGCUUUGGCUGAAGAAUUUGAUUUGGAAUUAACCUACAAAAAGACUUUUUUGGAAAUGUUUAAGGAAGAGAUUCCUACAUGGUUUAGAAAAUUGAACCCAAGACUAGUGGAAGGUAUGAGAAGAACAGACGGAACGUAUGGUGUUGAAGGUGAUGAGUCUGAAGCUUCUGCAUUCUAUUUGGCGUUUGCUUUCCAAAAGGCAGCUUACUAG